AUGGCAACCAAAAGUAAUAUAUUCAUUGUGGGAGCCAAGCGAACAGCUUUUGGCACGUUCGGAGGGAGUCUAGCAAAAUUGUCAGCCACAGAUUUAGCAGAGCAAGCUAGUAAAGCUGCUCUACAAAUGGCAGCAAUAAGUCGAAGUAAAGUAGACCAUAUCGUUUUCGGAAAUGUUAUACAAUCAUCUGCUGAUGCUGCAUAUUUAUCUCGACAUGUAGGUCUCAGGGUUGAAAUACCUAUCGCAACCCCUGCAGUUACCAUAAAUAGAUUGUGUGGGUCAGGCUUCCAAAGUAUUAUUGAUGGUGCUUACCAAAUUCUUGCUGGUGAUUCCAAAGUUGUACUCGCAGGAGGAACAGAAUCUAUGAGUCAGGCUCCUUUUGUUGUACGUAAUGCACGCUUCGGCACUACCCUAGGAUCCAAAUAUGAGUUCGAAGAUUCUCUUUGGCAAGGGCUCACUGAUGCACAUAUAAAGACUCCCAUGGCCAUGACAGCUGAGAAAUUGGGAGAAAUGUACAAACUAACAAGAGCUGAAGUUGAUGAAUUCGCUCUAAGAAGUCAAACAAGAUGGCGAUUAGCCGCCAAUGCCGGUUACUUUACUGCCGAAAUAGCCCCAAUAGAGCUGAAUACUCGUAAAGGAAAAGUCUCUUUCGAUAGAGAUGAGCACCCCAGAGAAACUACCGCCGAAAGUCUCGCCGCGCUUAAACCAGUGUUCCAAAAAGAUGGAUUGGUGACAGCCGGAAAUGCUUCGGGAAUUUCGGAUGGAGCCGCCGCUGUAAUAUUGGCAGACGAGGCUUCAGUGAAUGAUCUUAAAGCAGUUCCACUCGCCAGAAUAGUCGGGUGGCAUGUGGUUGGAUGCGAUCCUUCCAUUAUGGGUAUUGGCCCAGUUGAAGCCAUACGAGGUCUGUGCAAAAAAACAGGAGUCAAAUUGGAAGAUGUAGACAUUAUCGAGGUUAAUGAGGCUUUUGCUGCUCAAGCUCUGGCCGUUCAAAAAGAGCUCCAGAUUGAUUGCGAUAAGUUCAAUGUUCAUGGAGGUGCUAUUGCUCUUGGGCACCCACUUGCCGCUUCAGGUGCCAGAAUCAUCACCCACAUUACUCAUGAAUUGAGAAGAAGAAAUUUACGAUAUGGAAUCGGAUCAGCCUGCAUUGGUGGAGGACAAGGAAUUGCCAUUCUUUUGGAAAGAGUAUGA